UCGUGCGAACGAUAAAUUUAAACGCAUUUACGAAUACUUGAACGACGAGUCCGGUUCGUUCGAUUUCGUGAACACGUAACUGGUUGUUUCUACAGAAAACAUGGCUGAAUAUCGUUUCGACGGUAUGGUGAAAUUGUGUGUACGGAAUCAUUAAAACGACAUUCUGCUCAUUUGAACACGUUCAGCCACCGGCAAAAUGACGUCGAUACAUUUCGCUGUGCACCCGUUGCCCGGGACAGACGAUCAGUUGCACGAUAGGUUAAAAGAAGUGGGAGAGAAGAUCAAUAGAUAUGGAUUUGCAACAUUACCAGCUUUCAGUGGGCUAAAGAUUGCAGUAAAGCAUAUUGUUGUUGGACCAACACACAUUGCUCUUCUUACAGAGGACUAUAAAGUUUGCAGGGUUGCAUUUACAGUAUUGUCAGACAGAUUAGACUUGCGCAAAAAUGAACCAAAUAGAAACACAAAUAAGAGUCAUGUCGGGAGUUCAAAUUCAGCACCAAGCGGUGGUGGAAGUAGUGGAAGCGGAGGUAGAGGAUUAUCCAGAACACGCGCAAGAAUUAUGCGUGGUAGUUCACGAGGUGGUAGCAGCGGUGGAAGCAGUAGCGGAGGUAGGAUAGGCCCCCCAGGUGUAAUAAUGGGAGGAGGAAGCAGCAGUAGUUCGCGUCCUAUUGCACCAGUACCUGCACCAUUUGUGCCGGAAGACCUUAUUUCGCAAGCCCAAGUGGUGUUACAGGGAAAAAGUCGCAAUCUUAUUAUUAGAGAAUUGCAGCGUUCAAAUUUAGAUGUAAACUUAGCAGUAAAUAAUUUACUAUCACGGGAUGACGAAGAAGGUGAUGAUGCAGAAGAUGCAGCAGCAGACACCUAUGUUCCAGAAGAUCUCAUAUCUUUGUUGGAUGGUGGAUUUGGCAAUGAACAUUCUGUUAUAAUCGACGCAGAUUCUAUGUUCCCAGAAGACGUGUUCGGCUAUACGGGAAUAAGAAACCGUGGAAGUUCUUCGCGUCGAAUUGGCAAUGACAGAGAAGGCGAACGUGCGUCAGAACGAGACAGAGAUCGUGACAGUUUCAGUAGAUGGAGGGAUCGUCAAUAUAGCGGACCACGCCGUUGGUUAGAAACAGCACUUAGAGACUCGUGGGAAAAAGAUUCUGAUAAUAAAAAGAAAGAAUUGGCUUCUCAAAGUCCGUUAUGGAUAUCAGAAGAGUUGGAAUGGUGGCACGAACGUAGUACCGAUCCUGCUCCACGUUUCGUACAGAUUGCUUCACUUUACAGUGAAUUAAUCGCUGUGUCUGCCGGGGGUCAGUUAUAUCAGUGGAAAUGGUCCGAACCGGAACCAUACAAACAUCCAGAGAAUCCAAACAUACAUCAUCCGAAAGCUCCAUGGCUAGCUAUAACUGUAGAAAAAAUAGUUAAUAUAUCCGCGACGGCAAUUCGUUGUUCAGUUAGCACCGAAAGUGGCAAAGUAGCUACUUGGCUCGACGAACUUCUGGGACAUGUUGCUUCUCGACUCGAACAUCCAGCUCAGAGAUUCACUGAAUUUACACUGGACAAAAUAGUGUCACUCCACACUUGUGCUUUGUACACUGUUGCUAAACUGGAAAGCGGUACAUUAUAUUGGUGGGGUGUGCUACCAUUCACACAGCGCAAAAAGUUAUGGGAAAAGUACAAGGCUAAGUCGCGUAAAAACAGACCGUCGACGACAUCGUCGAAUGAUAUUAGUUAUGGCACGCAUGUUUGCAUGAAAAAUAGCCCUAUAUAUCAACCUGGAGCAAUAGGAUUCACAAUUGCUAAUGGAGUUCCAAAAGUGGGGCAAUUAUUGGUUGCUGCUUGGAAUUUAGAUUCAACAUGCAGAUUCAAAGUAUUACCGGCUGGAUCUCAUUUGCCGAACGCUAACGUGGACAAACGAGAAACAAGUGGAAACAGCGGAACGGGUACUAUUAAUAAGACAAAUCAUAAAGAGACUGCUGAUCGUCUUGACAUGCCUCCACCACCUUCACCAGCUUCAAGCACAUGUAGUGAUACUGGUAGCAUUACAACAAGUCACAAGAGACAGAAAAGAGUUGCGCCUCGAAGCGAAGGGGAAUCUGAACGAAAAGAUGAGGAGGAAUGGCAAUUGAAGGAUGUUGUUUUUGUAGAGGAUGUGAAGACUGUCCCUAUUGGUAAAGUUAUAAAAGUUGACGGUUACUAUGUUGCCGUGAAAUUCUUCUCGAAGGAUUCGAAGGAGAAAGAGAAAGAAAUUAAGGAAAAAGACUUCAACACAUCAGACUUCAAAGAUCUAACAGCGGAAGAGUCGAUCAAAUUAUUGGCUGAUUGCAGAUUGUUAAGGAAAGACGAGCUACAGGCGAUCAAGUCAUCCAUGAAUCCAAGGGCUCCAGAUUGUUUCCAAAGAACUCCUAGACGAGUAAAUAUUGCUGAGGGAUCUAACGACAGUAUCUUAACAAUUGCCAUGGAUGGUCAAGGUAUACAUGCAAUAGUGAAAACUGGAAACAAGUUAAGUUACGUGGUAUAUAAUUUGAGUACUGGAAGGCACGUACAGGAUUGCUAUAUUCCAUCAGAUAUAUCAUCGUUUUUGGGUUUACAACCUCAGAACAUCAGCCUUAUAAGUGCGGGAGAGAACAUCGAAUGUUCUAUGAUUCUUAGAGAUGGGAAUAAUACGAUCUAUCCGUUGGUAAAAGAUUGUGCUGGUGCUAUCCGUGAUCCACAAUGGUUAGAUUUAACUCCAGUAGUUUGUAUCGGCGCUUCGACCAUUCCUAUACCAAACUGUUCGUCCUCGAAUAAUAUGAAAAAUCAGGUGGCAGUUAUCGCAUUAGCGUUCGAUAACCAAUUGCUUAUGCCACGUAUACUGAGGUGCGAUUAUGACAGCGUGAAACAGGUGUUCUGUAACCUGGAACAAGAUCUCAAAAAUAAUCCGGGCCAAAUUCAGGCAAUAUUAACCGAACGUUGCGACGGUAAUCGCAAUAUUUUGCACGCAUGUAUCAGUAUGUGUUCACCGACUUCUAAUAAAGAGAACGAUCAAGGAAUAGAACGUGAACUUGUUACAAAUGCUGUCGAUGGUGCAUCCGCACCAAUCGAGGAACCUAUACCAACCUUGAGUUGGCCACCGGAAGCAUUUGACAACACGUCAGGGGAAGAAGACAGUUUACUUAGUAUCGGUGCUGCCAGUAUCUCCAUGAUGAAUAAAUCAGGUAAAAGUGUUGGAGCUGCGUCUAAUAACACUUACAUCGUCGACUCCGUUGAAAGAAGGAACAACGCAUUGCUUAUAUUAAAGUAUAUGUGCGAGAGUAACGUGUUACUCCCUCAUCUAAAAGAAUUGCUUACUGCAAAAGACGCGCAGGGUCAGACGCCAUUGAUGCUCGCCGUGUCGGUGCGCGCGUAUCACGCGGCUCUUAUCGUAUUGGAUACCAUUCAACGAGUUGGCAGAGACCAGAAAGAAUGCUCGGCCAUGAUACUACCUGCGGACGCGAAUCCUGACUUGUCACCUUUGUUCGUUACUUGCUGCAAUGACACCUGCAGUUUCACUUGGACUGGAACUCAGCACAUUGAUCAGAAUAUUUAUGAGUGCAGAACCUGCGGUUUAACUGGAUCGUUGUGCUGCUGCACAGAAUGUGCCCGUGUUUGCCACCGAGGACACGAUUGCAAAAUAAAAAUCACGUCGCCCACGGCUUAUUGCGAUUGUUGGGAGAAAUGUAAAUGCCGCGCUCUAAUCGCCGGCCAUCAAGGCGCUCGUUACCAACUAUUGUGUCGCCUUGUAGUGAAUACCGAUCUCGCGGUAAAAAUAAACUCACGAGGAGAGAGCAUCUUGCUGUUCUUAGUUCAGACUGUGGGCAGACAAGUUAUGGAACAGAGACAAUGUCGUUCAGCUCUACGACAGCGAUCGACGUCUGCUAAUCGCAAAGGAACUUCUUCCGACGGAGUGGACGCAGAUUUGGAUAUGCCAGAUCAUGACCUAGAGCCACCCCGUUUUAGCCGAAAAGCUUUAGAGAGAUUAUUGAACCACUGGCCAGCAAUCCAGUGUAUGAUCAUGUCAGGUGUUACUCCGAAUGGGAACGAUCAGUUAUUUGGUGAUCAAGGACAGACUUGUCGUCAGAGUGGCACCGCAUUGCUCGACAAAUUCACUCAUUCGAUCGUGGUCAAGUGUAGUGGAGAGAUGCUAGACAUUCUGCUUACGACCAUAGUACGGGAACUGCUAAACGAUUCUGUUCCGGGACGACAGGAAGAAGCGAACAUCGUGGCGCGGCGGUUUGUGCGAUCUGUAGCUCGAAUAUUUGUUAUUUUCACAAUAGAAAUGGCACCGGUGACAAAGAAAAGGAACACGACCCCGGUUUCACAACCUUUGGUGAAAUGCCGCAAAGUGUUCGCAUCGCUGAUCAAAAUGGCGGUCGAAGAAUUAUGCGAGACUGCUGAUUCUCUGAUAGCACCCGUAAGAUUGGGCGUCGCUCGACCUACGGCACCUUUCACGCUGACUUAUUCGGCGAUCGAGGUGAUCAACGGCUCGGAGGAGCUGUUCUCUAUAGAACCGUUAAUACCUCACAGCGGUGUCAAUUCGCAGGCUCACGAUCCGACUUUGCAAACGCAACAAGGGAACAACAAUAUAACCAUCGCUAGAAAUGUUGCCGCUAUGGAUGAAACCGAAGGUGGUGAAGAAGGUCCUAUGGAUGUAGAUGGUGAUAUAAGUGAACAUGAAGAAUCUGGGGUUUCCGGAACCGUGGCCGGACAGCCAUUGGGUGAAAUGGACAAUAAUGCUGGAGGUGUGGGCGAAGAACAAGCGGGUGAUGGUGAAUCGGAUACGGAACUCGAUCUUCUCGCGGAAGCAGAAACAGAGUCGGAUUCGGACGAUAACCAUAGUAACCAGGAUGCAGCGUCCGCGCAACGCAGCGUGCAAACCGGCGCUACAGCUGGCUCCGACGGCGGGAUGGGUUCAAUUUUGUUGUUCCCUGAGGACGAGUCCGGUGAAUCGAGCCAGCAGGAAGACGACGAAAGCGAGGCGGGAGAGACCGAUGAACAAGAUAACGAAGACUUUCAGAUUGGCGACGAACAACUGGAGCGGCGAAGUGGUUCGACUGGUCAUUUACACCGCAACAAUCUCGCGCCCGUUUCUAUGCAAUGGGCGAUACGCAAUCGCGAGACAAGCACGCGUGCAUCGGGACUACGGGUAACAGGUGGCAGUAGUCUGGUUUUUAUUGAUUCUGCAUCUUUAAGACGCACUACCGCAACGUCUGCUGUUGCAGCCACCCAAGAACCCAUUACUAUGGGUACUACUACCAUUUGUUUGGCACGUGCAUUUGGGCUUGUUAUUCGACAGAUAGCCGAUCUUUUAGUUAUGAUGCAAGACUAUCAGAAGCAGGCGCCAUUUUUGCCACGGCAGUUGGAAGUCACCUACCAGGAUUCGUUGAAUUUACAGGUUUAUCUCGAAACGCAUUUAAAGCCAACAUGGGAUUGGUUGUUGACGGUGAUGGACGCCACGGAAGCACAGCUUAGAUUCGGCGUAUCCCUGACACGUAGUGCGGACCCUACGCACCCUGAACACCCGUUAAACAAUGCCCCGUCGCUUUCCGGUGGCAAUUUUACCGGGUUACUGAACACCGCCGCUUUGUCGUUGACAUUACAGUCUAAUACAGGUCGGACUCAACGCAGCGGUAUCGCUACCAGCACCAAUAUCUCGACACCGCAAGCUUCUACAAGACUCACCGUUGGUUUUGCAGGCGUUGGUGAACCUUCACGUAAUAGUAGAGAGUGCGAAGGUAGCGACGUACACCUGGCCCGACGUGAAUUUUUAUCUUAUUGUUUGUCUUUGAUGCGUGCCCACAAUGCGGAGCACAGAGACAGCCUGCCUGUAUUAGAUGUUUCAUCGUUGAAACACGUAGCUUACGUAUUCGACGCUUUAGUAUAUUACAUGCGUUCGAUUUUGGAACCUAUGCCAGCCCGUGGUGAAACGCCAAAAGAGUCGUCCAGUUACUCCGGUUGGAACGACCAGGACGAGAAUGACAACGACGAAGGCGAAGAAUAUAAUUCUCCCGUGCCUACAGCUAUGGAGACAGAUUCCGUCGACUAUCCGGAUUUACUUCAGGUUCCCGUUUGCGGGUCUGGAAACAAUAAAGACAGUACGCCGAAAGGUCGGAAACACCCAUUCUUGCAAAGAUCCGAUUCUACUCUGUGCCUCGGUUGUCCGCCUCUUGAUCCAUUCGACACGGUGAUGAGCGAGGCGUUGCCACUGGCCGAUCAGCCGCAUUUAUUGCAACCUCACUCGAGGCGCGAGGAUUUAUUUGGUAUACCAAGGCAACCGGCGACGAAUGCGAAUUCUAGUCAGAAUCCUUUAGCAGGAUUGCCCACGAGGCUCGGUUUGUCCGCGCGUGGCACCGAUAAACAGAAUACAGUUAUGCCCACGCUCAGUCAGAUUAUCCAAGGACCUGCCUUGUUCGCACCGACGGAUGCUAGACGUAGUUCUGUUUCAGUUGGAGGAGACUCGUCGUCGUCCUCGUCGUCGUCGUCGACAUCAUCGUCCUCCACAAAAUACACGGAGAAGGGAAAAUCGUUAACGAGCGAUAAUCAUUCGCUUGUCGCGGAACAAAUCGAUCGAGCCCCGAUUAUAGUUUCUACUAAUAAUCAAAACGAUCCAUCAGGAAGUACCAAAAAUAAUAAGGAACUAUGUAAAACGAGUAGAAGCGUUAUUGUUAGAGCUGGAACUGUCUCGGAACCGAAUGCGAAUAAACCAGGCGCACCGGAAGUCCUGGUUGUGUCCACCGUUGAAACGCAAAACGUGUCGGAGGAUGUCGAUCCGGCUGGUUCGAGUCAGGAAAUAUCGGCUCACGAAACGGUCGAGACGAGUCCGGUGGAAAACGCCCGGACGGUUUCGUCCAUUGGAUCGAAUAUAUCCCAUAAUAUUUUACUGGGACGUUGGAGAUUGUCACUCGACUUAUUCGGUAGUGUUUUCAUGGAGGACGUUGGAUUAGAACCCGGCUCGGUUGUGCCUGAAUUGGGUGGGUUUCCCGUCAAGGAAGCGAAAUUUCGCAGAGAUAUGGAGAAACUCCGUAAUUCACAACAAAGAGACAUAACUAUGUUCAAACUCGAGCAAGACAGAACGCAGUUACUGGUGCAAACAAUGAAAGAAUUAAACACACAGUAUAAUUUAUAUAAUAGACGUGCCACUAGUACGCCACCAUUGGCAGUGCAUCGCGUCAAAGUGACGUUCAAAGAUGAACCUGGUGAAGGUACAGGAGUUACCAGAGUUUUUUAUACUGCGAUCGCGGAGGCGUUGCUCGCUAAUGAAAAACUGCCGAACCUCGAAGCAGCACAAGUGGGAUCAAAAUACACGCAAUACAACGUUCUUCAAAAGCUAAAAAGUCGCGAUCGUGAUCGUGACAUAAGACGACAAAAUCCUCGAUCCUCUGGAAAAUGCCGUGAAAUACGUAGACCGUUAUCCUUCGAGGCUCGUUCUUUCCAUCCAUCCGGUUCCGUCGAAGGGAGCAGUAAUGCUGGACCUGGUAGCUCAUCCUCCAGUUCCCACCCGUUACCCGUCAGUCAUCCAAUAAAUGACCACUUGACCAUGCAUCAACAACAACUCGGGGAGAGACUGUAUCCAAAAGUUUACGCAUUGCGGCCCGCGUUAGCUGAAAAAAUCACUGGUAUGCUCCUGGAACUAACCCCAGCGCAAUUGUUGAUGCUACUGGCAUCGGAGGACACUCUCCGGCAGAAAGUGGAAGAAGCAUUUGAAUUGAUCCACAGCCAUAGCCAGGAUUUAGCGAGCGAGGCGCUGUUGGAUCUGGAUGUGUUCAGUUUAACCGCACGCUGCGGAGCGAACAAGAAAAAGAUCGAGAACAGUAUUCUGGACGACACGGAGGACAAUGCUCCUCUGUUCUAUUCGCCGGGAAAACGUGGCUUCUACACGCCGCGACAAGGAAAGGCCAGCUACGAACGACUGAACGCGUUCAGGAAUGUGGGCAGACUCAUAGGAUUGUGUCUUUUGCAAAACGAGCUGUGCCCUAUAUUUCUGAAUCGUCACGUGAUAAAAUAUAUUUUGGGACGGCCGAUACGUUUCCACGACCUUGCGUUCUUUGACUCUGUAAUUUAUGAAAGUCUACGACAACUUGUUAUUGACUCUGAGACCAAGGACAGCAACAGUCUAUUCUCUGCGCUUGAUCUUACGUUCAGUAUUGAUUUGUGUCCCGAAGAAGGAGGGGGGUCGAUUGAACUUAUACCAAACGGCCGUGAUAUAGAAGUAACAGCAAGCAACGUUUAUGAUUAUGUACGAAAGUACGCUGAAGUUCGCAUGAUUAAGGUACAGGAGAAAGCAUUGCACGCGAUGAGGGAAGGGGUGUUCGAUGUGCUUCCGGAAGGGGCACUCGACGGCUUAACAUCCGAAGAUCUGAGACUUCUUUUAAACGGAGUUGGUGAUAUCAACGUUUCCGUUCUGAUAUCCUAUACCUCGUUCAAUGACGAAUCAAGAGAGUCUGUGGACAGGUUAGCAAAGUUCAAACGAUGGUGGUGGUCUACCAUUGAAAAAAUGUCGAACACAGAACGCCAGGAUCUGGUGUAUUUUUGGACAGGAUCUUCAGCAUUACCUGCAAGUGAAGACGGUUUCCAACCAAUGCCAAGUGUAACACUACGGCCAGCAGAUGAUGCUCAUCUACCAACUGCAAAUACAUGUAUUUCUCGACUAUACGUUCCAUUGUACAGCUCUCGUCACGUAUUAAGACAUAAACUACUACUUGCUAUCAAGGCAAAGAACUUCGGAUUUGUAUGAAUAUAUAUAUGAUAUAUAUAUUAUGUGACCAUGUUUUGUGCGCAAUAGUUCUAAAAAGAAGUCACACUACUGAUAAUGAUAUAAGAAAAGAAGUUUUAUGUUGUUACUUUUUUCC